GCAAGCCAGAAAGGGAGUGGGACUGUCGAUGCGAUUGUUAAGUUGGUAGGGAGGUGCACGAGGAGGAGGGUCAGGUAGACCUCCGCCAGGACAGAAGUGAUAUAAAGCCAUUCGCCGUGGCAGUCGAGUUUAACGCACCUGAAACCAGAGAUAAGAAAAGACACCAGUUGCCAACUUCGGCCAGCCUAGGAAAAUCAUCCCUGCCACACCACAUCUGACCAUCAUGGUGGUGUGGUCGGUGGUGGUAUUGGCGAUGGCUGUAAUGGCCGAAGCGGCAGUACCAGAUCCACCAACUUCAGGUAUCACAACAGUUGGUUCGUUAAAAUUGGCUACAGCUGCCGAUUGCGCAGGUCUCGUUGCAUUCUCAGCUGUCGAUGGGACCGUUAGGGAUACCAAAAUGGUGCUGUCGAGGACUCUAGUGGACAAAGGCGUGGGAUACGUUGCUGAGACUGGCACGUUCACUACUCAUUGUCCAGGAACGUAUCAAUUUGGUUUUGCUGGUUAUGGCAAUUCUGAUCUUCGCUUGACUCUCAAGAUGAAAGCGAAUAAAUCUGCAAAUUGGAAUCCUGUGGUGAGCGCCGGUCCUGGAGGUGGCUCCAAUAUUGUUUUCCUUGACGUCGAAGCCGGUGAUCAACUGGCUGUUUUCGUCGAAGCUGGGAAAAUUACUAGCGGCACCACGUUCACCGGGCACCGCAUUGCCAAGAAAUGAACACGGCCCUGGCCCUUACGUUUUCAACAAUUUUUAUUCACGCGUCUGCAGACCUCGUGGGGAUAACUUUUCUCUCUUUCUUCUUCUUUUUCCUUGUUUUAACGGUUCACUCUUUAUUGACGUUCAGCAGUUCAGGGUUCAUGAUUUAAUUUACAUGGUGAACUCUAAACUCUUGAAUUUUUCAACUGUGUCUACUGCAGCAUGGAACACUUUAAAAUUUCAACCGGUGUCUUAUAGCUACUCGUUAUGUACCUUUUCCCUUUUUUGUAUUUAUUCGAUUUUACUAAUCGCCACAAAUUUCGAGUUCCUAAUUCGAGGCAGACAUAUUUGCUUUUUUUUAUGAUUCCAACACUUUUCUUUGUCUUUCUGUUACACACACUGUGAUAGCUUCUCUACCUACCAUCUAUUACUUACAUUACACGAAAACUCUCUGAUAAAAGUUAUUGCGUUAAUGGACGAUGCUACUUUAUCGAAGUGUUUUUGAUUUUAUAUUCAGUCUUUUUUGUCUUGAUGCAAAUUUUCUGCUUUUUUUUUUGUAAUUCGAUAAAAUCGCAAUGUUCGUCCUAGUUUAUCACUAGACAAUUGUACAAUCUUAUUAGAUCCUCUUCUUCUUUACUGUCUGAUACGUUUUCACUGUCUCUCUAUAUUCCUAUUUUCAAAAUCCUUUUUGUCUUUGCAAAGAUUUUAUUUUCUCUUGGCUAUUCCUUGAAUUCUGCUCUUUUCUAUCUUAGACUUUUUCACUUUUCCAUAUUUUCCCAGCCACUCUAUUCAACGUUUCUCACACUGUUCUUUUUCUGUUCUAUACUUUCUACUUUAUCUUUUCUUUGUGAUUCUUCUUUUUUCGAUUUCUCGCUUUUCUUUUCCUGAGUACCUACCAGUAUUACGAUCUCAAAUACAAUUUGCUAUGUCUUGCCAUAAAGUACCUUGUUGUUGCGGGCACUUUCAAUGGACUGUCUAUGCUAUCUUUACUUUUAUUACGAUUUUUUCCCACCUUCGAUCUUCUCUUUCUUCUUUUCUCUAUCUCUCACUUUCUCUUCUCCUUUCACUGGAUCUCCUUUCACCUUAUCGAUACUCUUUCUUUCUUACCUCUGUCUUGACUCUUUCUAUUCGCUCCUCUAUUUGUGCCUUGCACGACCUGACCUCGAUUCUUUUGCUUUACCGAUCUACCUAACGUUUCACUUUGAGACUUCUUGAAUCAUUCUGUCUAUCUUUCGAAAACUUUGUACAAAACUUUCUAAACUUUGUGAUUCUUAUUUUAUGAUCGUUUAAUCGUUACAAGAAUCUUUUCUAUAUUCCUUCUUAUCUGGCUUAUCUUUCUGUUUCGUACUAUCUGUUCUUGUUCUGUUUUCUUUUUUACUGUCUUUUCUUUCACUCUAUCAUCUACUCUUUCUCUGACUUUCUUUAUUCGUUUUUUUCUUUUCAAACUUUUCUAUUCGAAUCUUUUCCUUACUCGCUUUUCUAUAUUUCGUCUUUUAUCUUUCUUUCUUUCUCUUCUCUUUAAUGUUUCAAUCCGUGACUCUUAAUUUUUCAUUCUGCAUCUAUACUUUAUACUGUCCCUAUUUCUAUUAUGAUUUCAUAAACUUUACUGUCUUAUUUUGCCUUUUAUCUUUCUCUUUCGAUCUACCCUUAGUCUAUCGUACACUUCUUCUACUAAGAAAUGAGAUACUCGAUGCUGUGAUUAGUACAUUUAAAUUAAUUUUCUAUUUUUUUACUUCCUUAUCUUCUUUCCAUUUCUCCUCUAUUCUAUCCUUCUCUCUCACUCUUUCUUUCUUUCCUUUUCUUGUCUUACUAUUAUUUCUUUAUCGUCAGAUUCUGUAUACCAAUCUCUCUAUCUUCUCUCUAUUUCUCUUUCGAUACUUCACUAUUUCUAUACUUGUUCUAUUUUAUUUCCAAGCGUAUCCCUACUCGCUUUCUCUCUAGUCUACUUUCUCAUUACUUCAUUGUCUCUCUAUGCUUAUUCUUUAACUAUACCUUUACAAUCUGUAUCUUCUGAAUUCGCAUAAAUGCAAAACACUAUGUACAUCCCUGUAUACUAUUCUAAUUUUAAACACUACGGUCAGCCCUUUCUAACUUUCUUCAAUAAUCUCAACUCUCGAAUCUCUUCGAGUCUCUAUUAUCUUUUCUUCUUUCAGUUCUUCGCAUUACUUUCAAACUAUAAUUUUAUAAGAGCUGUGAUUACCAUUUGUUACCUACCUAUAUCUAAUUCUAGUACAAGCAUCGUAACUAGUGGUAUCGCAACCACUAUUCCAUGACAACUACUGCUUACCACUUACUAUUAUAAAAUUCUAUUCUACUAUUCCUAUCAUUUCUCUCUUAUUAUCUGUUCUAUUACUAUACUAUUAUCAAACUAUCCUCUCACCUCUGCUAUACGCAAUGUUUAACUACCAUUGUGCUGUUACAAGUAUCAUAUAUGUACAAUAAACAUUGACUGACUAUUCUCAUAUAUUUUUCUAUUUUCACACUUAAUAACUCACAAGCGCAUCCGCUAUAAAAUCUUUACGUAUAUUCGUUUUUAUCGAAUUGCUAACGAUUUCACUUUCACUAUACUAGAAAUACCUAUACUUAUAUAUUUAAUUACUUCCUUUAUGUCUCUACUUUUUUCCAUUCACUCUGUUACAGCUGCUUCUCUCCCUCUCUAUCUCUCUCUCUCUCUUUUUCCUUCAACUGUCUUUCUUCAAUCUCUACAUCACUUACCAAAUCCCUAUAAAGCACGCUAUCACAGACACAGUUUAUAGUAUAGUCUUACCCAAAAGUAUUGGCCAUGAAUUAAUUACCAAUAAUGUAUAAGGCGAUUAAUGAUAAUUGAAAAAAAAAAAA